GAUCAUUGAUUUGUGGCAUGUGUUUGUUUGUUUGUUUAUUUGUUCUAUUAUUUGUUAAUUUUUAAAGUUGUUGUUGUUGUUCUUAAACAACUUGUAUAUUGAUCUUAUAGUGUUGUAUAUUUUUUUCUAUUCUUUUUUUUGUGGCUGUUAAAUGGUAAAUUAAUUUUAGGAUUUUUUUAUUUGGAAAAUAAGAAAAGUGUUGUUUUUUUAUUUUUCUUGAUUGUUGCGUGUGUAUAAAUGUUGGUUAUUGUUACGAAACGAUUUUAGAAUUACAAUAACUGUGAAAGAGUCAAGAACAAAUAAGACAAAUUUUGUUGUGUGGGAAAAAAUUUAAAUUUUGUAAUUUUUUUAACAAAAGGAUUUUAAAUUUGGAAUAAAUAUAGCGGAAAAUUUAAUAAAAAUGUGCAGCAAAGUGUUAAGAAUUUUAGUGCUUCUUUUACCCAUUUUUCUACCUUCACAAGCUUUUUGGUGGCGUUCCACCUCAACUGAAGCACCACCUCCACCACCUCCGCUAAUGAAACAAAUACCUUUAACCUAUUUUCGCACUUACACCUAUCAACAGCCAUUACCCGCCAAUCAAUUUCCUCUUUUAAGUUCCACUGAUUAUAUAACAAAUUUUGGAGCCUUGGGCAAUACUCCCUACAUAAAUCCCAUGUUGCCCGUAGUGCCCCUAGGAAUGCCUACAAAUAAUGAAAUUUUACUAGAUAUUAAACCAGAGAAAACUUAUGCAGGCAUUAAUUUGGUUAGAUCUUUAGGAGGAAUAAUACCAACACCUUUGCCCUUAACUACAACCACAACAACGGAACCUACAACAACAACCACUACCACUACAACGACUACUACACCGGAACCCACCACAACAACAACAACUACUACCACUACUGAAGCUCCCACUACAGAACAAGUAGAUCCUCCAGCUACCGCAACCCCCUUAAUACAAACCGAUGCUUUGGUGAAUAUAGAAGCUACCUAUCCUGCUUUUAAUCGCAAGGUCUUUACCAAUCACUUUAACAUUAACUACAAUCGUCCUGUUUAUCCUUAUCCUGAAUACUCGGUCUACAAAACUGGCAGCGGCGAGGAAAAUCAAUUACCACCCAAUGUUGAAUUUGUACCCUGCAUGUGUCCUGUAAAUAUACAAAAUACCGGAUUUCCCUCACCCUAUCAACCAGGAGCACCUUUUACUGGCAAUCCCUCAAAUUCAAUAUUCUUAGCUCAAGGUCGUACAAAUGCUGAAGCAGAAGCUUCUUUGGAUUUACCAUUACAAAGGAAUAUUCCUUUAAAUAUUGAUGUUAAAGCAACAGGAGUGAAUGAAGGUUUUAACUUAGCUGAUGAUUUACAAAUGGCUAAACUUGUAGAAGAAAAGGAGGAGGAGUCUGCUACACAGAGUAAUUUAGCGUAAAAAGUAUUUCCGUUUUUAGGAAAACUCAAGAACUCUACUCAUAAGUAUUAUUAAAUUAUAAUUUUAGACUG